ACAUAAAAUGGUGUUAGGUAGAAUAUAUUUCUCUGCUUAAGAAUAUCCUUUUUUGGUUCAUAAAUAUAAUGUGCUCAUUGCAAAGUACAUGAACCGUAACAACUACAAAACAUACAUAACAAUUCAACGGUACGAUGGUGGAUUACAGUAGUUUGUUUCAUUAAAAAAUCCUAUUAUUUGUACAAGUUAGUGAAAUGAGUCAUUUUGUUGUUAUGUGAAAAUUACUUAUAUUUUUGAAUGAAAACCAUGCUAGUGAAUUACAUUACUAUAUUGAAAUAUAUAUAAUUCUGUAUAUGAAGAUUACCAAUUAGAAGAUGGCUGUUGCAACUUUUAGUCAAAUUGAUGAAUAUGGGUUUGAAAGGCCAACAACUUUUGAUUAUAAAACAUAUGAAGAUUUUAUGUCAAAGUACUUACGUAUUCUAGCCAGAAGAUCAAAGAGAUGGGAGGAACUAAAAGAAAGUGAGAAAACAAGAAGAACAAAUAUUUUAAAAAGAUUUGUGAGAAAGGGCAUACCCAUAACAAGAAGACCUAUAGUAUGGAUGUCAAUAUCUGGUGGACAGCAAGCAAGAGAACAAAGCAACUAUACAUAUCUGCAACUAAAAGAGAGAAUCAGUAAUGCAUCUAUAAAUGAAACUAUAGAGAUUGAUUUGCCUCGUACAUUUCCUGAUAAUAUUUAUUUUACCAAAGAGAAUAUUUUGCCAAGACAAUUAUUUAAUAUUUUAUCAACUUUUGCUCAUCAAAAUAAUGAUGUUGGAUAUUGUCAAGGUUUAAAUUAUAUUGCUGGCCUAUUAAUAUUAGCAACGAAAAGUGAGGAAUACAGUUUUUGGCUUUUAAAAGUGCUUGUUGAAAAUAUACUGCCAAAAUAUUACAUUAAAAGUAUGUCUGGUUUAUUAACAGAUCUUGCUGUUCUGGAUGAAUUGGUUGAAAUUAAUGAACCAAUUUUACAUAGGCACAUCAAAGCCAUUGGUAUGCCAUGGGCAGUAACAACAACUAAAUGGUUUAUUUGUAUAUAUUCAGAAGUUCUUCCCAUUGAAACAGUUCUUAGAAUUUGGGAUUGCAUUUUUUAUGAAGGUUCUAAAAUUAUAUUUCGUGUAGCAUUAACAUUAAUUAAAAUGCACAAAGCAGAAAUUUUAGAAUGCAAAGAUCUUGCAGACAUUGUAACCUGUUUCAAAAGUAUGGCACACAAUCCUAAAGUCAUUGAUUGCCACUAUUUUAUGUCAAGAAUUUUCAAGUUGCCUGGUAGGCUAUCGAACAAACAGUUAGAAGAACUCCGGAACAAACAUGCACUAGCUAAAUAAUCAUUAGGAACAAAAAUUAAACAUCUAGUCUUAUUUAUAUUAUAUAUUUUUGCAUAUCACA